UGUGUGUGUGCCCAGGCGAACCGGGACGCAGUGAUCAGCCGAGCUCCAGAGCAGCAGGAUGACCGAGCCGUCAGUCUUCGGGAUGCUUCUGCAGUCUAUGAUCUCCUCAGCAUCACGCUGGGCAGAAGAGGGCAGUAUGUGAUGCUGUCUGAGUGCUUGGAGAGAGCCAUGAAGUUUGCAUUUGAUGAAUUUCACCUCUGGUACCAGCUUGCCCUGUCCAUGGUAGCAUGUGGAAAGUCAGCGUAUGCUGUGUCGGUGCUCAAAGAAUGUGCUAAACUGCGACCUACAGAUCCCACUGUUCCUCUUCUGGCUGCCAAGGUCUGCAUUGGGUCACUGCACUGGCUGGAAGAAGGAGAGCACUUUGCUAAAAUGGUGAUAGACCUGGGUGAGGAUGCUGGGGAGUCCCUAGCAAAGGGUUACCUGGCACUGGGCCUGACAUACAGCCUUCAAGCUACUGAUGCUACUCUAAAGAGCACUCAGGAUGAAUUAAACAAGAAAGCACUUCAGACUUUAGAGAGAGCACGUGACCUGGCCCCCGAAGAUCACCAAAUCAUUCUUUACCUGUCACUGCAGCUGGCUCUUGUCAGACAGAUUUCUGAUGCUAUAGACCAUCUUCAAGAAGCCCUGCAACUGUGCAAAGAUGACAUGAAUUCACUUCAUCUACUGGCCCUCCUCUUUUCAGCGCAGAAGCACUAUCAGCAUGCAUUGGAUGUUAUCAACAUGGCUGUUGCUGAAUACCCAGAAAGCUUUAGUUUACUCUUCACGAAAGUAAAACUGGAAUCGAUACACAAAGGUCCUGAAGAGGCUCUGGUGACAUGCAGGCAUAUGUUGCAGAUGUGGCAGAUGGUAUAUGAUGUUCUACAGCACAGAUACUUGAGUGAUUUUGCAAGAUGGGUGAUAAACAGUAUCAUUUAAAAG